AUGUCUUAUAUUUCCAAGGUUGUUAUUCCCUGUUUUCGGUAUGCGGUUAUGUAUAUUCACAGAAGUGUAGGUAAUGCAGCCUCGUUACCACCAAGACUUCCUUUCCUCUCCACGGUUCCACGAAAACUGGAAAAACUCUCCUCUGCCCACAACGAGUCUGUACAAUACGUGUUUGUAUGUUGCAGCUAUAGAGGGUAUUGGAAAUCACGAGGGAGGCCAUCGGAAAAGGGACUCAUGAAAGAUGCAGAAGCUACCAUGCAAUGGGUUAGGAAGGAUCUUGGAGCACGACCAGGCUCAGAUGGAUGCGAUAUUGUUCUUUGGGGUCAAAGUAUAGGAGCGGGUAUUGUCACAGGUCUGGCGGCGAAGGGUGGAAUAUUUUCAAACGAAUUGCGUCUGCAGAAAUUGAUUCUGGAGACUCCCUUCCUAGGCAUUAAAGCUAUGCUAGAGACACUCUAUCCACAGAAAUGGCUUCCAUAUCGACAUCUUCACCCAUUUUUGAGGAACCACCUUGAUAGUUGGAAUGCUCUGGGCGAGCUACAUGAACGGACUCAAAAGUGCGGAUCAAAACCACCACAGAUUCUUAUUCUGCAAGCUGGAAAAGAUGAGCUGGUGCCAGAAUCGCAUGGCGGAAUGUUAGAGAAGAGGUGCUCGGAUCUAGCGUUGGAGGUGAAGAGAGAAGUCAUUCAAAGUGCGUUGCAUAAUGAGGUCUUGGUUCGUGGGGGUGGAAGUGUGAUCAUUGCAGAGGCUAUACGGGAUGUCAGUUUAGAGUAA